UUGCAUACAUUUGACACAUGAGGGAUUAGGUGAAAAUAAUCGGUCAUGCAGUAUUUGCUGUGGAAUAACAAACAACACGUUUAUUAGACGGAUAAGUCUAGAGAAAGCAGAAUGACCACUAAUAGAUCUUAUGAACGCGCACAUGAAAAUAAGCUUGCACUCCGAGGCAAAUGAAAACCACAGAACACAGGAAAUACAAACGACACACAGUCUCUCUGUUGUUUGAAAGCUGUGCACUGAAUCAGCCUCACUUGUUCAGCUAAAAAAACUCUGAAAACUAGACCACGGUUUCAGCACUUGUUUCAAAGUGGUUUCGAUAUAUUGACGCAAACUUGGAACUAUGGGAAAUUUUGCAAGCUGCAAGCGAAGAAAGAAGAAACCCGAAGAAGCUGAACCAAAAGACACAGCAUCAGACUCUAGGACAGAAGACGUCCUCUACGCCUCCAUUAACCACUCUAACAUCAAUCCAGAAAGACCUAUUCCAAACCUGGAUGACAAUGACUGUGAUUAUGCUGUUGUAAAACUCCCUCAAGAGACCGCAAAUAAGCACAAAAGCACUGAAGACUGUUCAGAUGAUUAUGUGCUCAUGGGCUGAGCAUCGAGAUGCGGAAGAGGCUGAAAUGAACCAAAAUGGACACCUGAGAUUAACAGACACAUCUUCAAAGGCUCUGUGACUUUGUAUAGGUUACAUUGAUGUUAAGUGCUUAACAUUUUAUUUAUUUUUUAUGUUUUUUUGUUUUUUUUAUGUUGUUGUUGUUUGUUUUUGACAAUAACAUUAUACAUAUUUCCCAUGCAUUCAAAGUAAUUAUUGCCUUUACCUUUUGAAGUAAACAUGCAUGCAUUUUAUGCCUGUACACCCACCUGUGUAUGUUUGAAUAUGUUAUAAAUCAGUGUUUCUCAACCACGUUCCUGGAUGACCAGCAGCUCUGCACAUAUUCCAUGCCGCCUUGACCGAACACACUUGAUUUAGAUUAUCAGCUUAUUAGCUUAGAGACUGAAAGACCUAUAAUGGGAGUGACCGACAAAAGAGACAUCCAAAACAUGCAGUGUUGGUGGUCUUCCAGGAAUGUGGUUGAGAAACACCGUUAAAAAUGAUAAUUUUGGUUUGUAUGCUUAAGAGAUUUUACUUUACUGAUGAAAAUAAGCUGAUAUUAAGAGUUUGACAUUUGAUAUUAAGCAUUUUAACUUUUUUUUUGAUAAUAAUAACAUGAAUAUUUUCGAUGCAGUUGAGAAACAAAAACAAAGUAAUUAAUCAAGUCAAAUUUGUUAAUUAUUACUAGUUGUUACAAUGGAUAACCAAUUAGGUUUAAUGCCACUAAUGUGUAUCCUCAAGCUUUUUUUGUGUUUGAUGUUGAUUUCAUUCUCGUUUUGUGUGUGUGUGUGUGUGUGCGUGUGCGUGCGUGUGCGUGCGUGUGCGUGCGUGUGUCUGUGUGUCUGUGUGUGUGUGUGAAUGAUGCCCUCCAUAUUAAUUGUAGUAUCAUCAUGUUACAAUGUUGGGGGAAAUGGGCAAAAAGGACAUCAUUAGUUUUGAUAGAAUGUCAUAGGGAAGUAAAAAAAUUGCAAAAAAAGGUGUUGUAGUUUUAAUUUAAAUUUUUGGUUUCAUAAACAAUUGUUUUAUUGUUUAAAUUUUGAAAAGCACACUUCUUCGGGUCUUCUCUACACUGUAACUCUCCCAGAUGUGCAAAAGACAGUGAAGGUGGACUCAUCGGAGAACAAUACAUGAUUCACAUUGUUCACAUAAUGCAGGAGUCGGGAACCUUUUUUCAGCAAAGAGCCAUUUUAAAAAUUUUUUUGGCAAAUACAAUUUUUUAAAGAGCCAUUUGGGAUAUAUAAGCCUCACAUGACGACCAACUCAUGAAUGUUGUUUGAAUUUAUGUGCGCAGGGUUACCUUAGAUAUGUAAGUUGCAUACCCUUUAUUGGUGUCCGGUUCAAGCUAAUCCACAGCCCUGCACAUGCACAUUGGUUGAAAUGUCCUUUUAUUCUUAUUCUUAUUAAUGUUGCUGUAAAAAUAUACAAUAAAAAAUCAUUUUAAGUGUAUUUUCAAUAGAAAAUUGAUUUUUAGUGACAGUUUACAUUUUUUUAUUGAAGGGAGACAGCUGGAGAGCCACAUAUUUUUGGUCAAAGAGCCACAUGUUCCCUACCCCUGAUAUAAUGGAUAUUUUCCUCAUGUAUUGUGACAACAUGCCCUGUGUUUCCCCCCACGCCAUGCAAUAAUGGUAAAUCUGAUGUAUGUCAAUUGUAUUUAAAGCAAAGAAAAGAUGUGUAUGAGAAACUGAUUAAACCAAAAAUAAACCUAACCUGAGAAAUA